AUGUCAAAUUUGUAAUUAUAAACUGAAGAAAAUUGUGAUAUAAGUUUAUCAUAAAUUGAAAAUAUGUUAGACUAAAGUGAAAUUGAGCCUUAGACUAAAUGUAAAAACAUUGAAACUAAAUAUUGUAACUACUUUAAUUUAUUCUAGGCAUCAAUAGUACUGUGAUAAGCAUAAGCAAUUAAAUUAAAUUAUUAGGUGAUGAUUUUAGUGAAUUCAAUAUACCAAGUCAUUAUCUACCUCCAAAUAUUCAAGUAGGAAAUGUAUUUUAACUAACUUUUCAAAGAAAUAGAUCAGAAGAAAACAAAUUAAAAAAUUAGAUUGAAUAAAUCUAAAAGAGUGCUCUUAAUGAUUAAUGAU